AUGGAGGGCAAGCCAGGCUCUUAUCGUUGUUGCUUGAUCGUCACGACGUUGCCGUCAGAUGGAAUUGUCGAAUUGAUCGGCUACAUUCACGGUGACGUGAGCAAGAACAUCCGGCAGUCGAUGACACCUAGUGUGUUCCGGUUCACGGUUUUUCCCCCAUUGCCUGAAACAGAAGCGCCGAAAAACGGUGGCCACAGCUUCCCCUUUGAUCCGCCAAAGGAUCCUUGGUUUCGCGGUUUGGAUUACGGUCUGUACAUCGAC